GUUUAAGCUGAUCCUUUAGGAAGUUUUCGAAGCAUAGGUUGGUUCAUGUAAGGUUACACAACUCGUAACAAUUGUGUAUUACCGAUUAUAAAAAGAUGGCCACUUCUAUUGGGGAAAACUCUAAGGAAAGUUCUUCCACUCUAGCAAGGCUUGCUCCUCUUCAAGCCGUAUUAUUUGACAUUGACGGAACUUUAUGUGAUUCAGAUCCAUUUCACUAUCUUGCAUUCCGUGAGAUGCUUUUGGAGAUAGGAUACAAUGGGGGAGUGCCAGUUGAUGAGGAGUGGUUUGUCAAGACUAUUUCUGGGAAACACAAUGAUGAUCUUGUCUCUGUACUUUUUCCUAAUGAUCACGAACGGGGUGUAAAAUUCUUGGAUGACAAGGAAGCUUUGUUUAGAAGGUUGGCAAAAGAGCAGUUGAAGCCUCAAAAUGGUCUCUACAAGUUGAGAAAGUGGAUCGAAGAUCAUGGUCUGAAACGAGCUGCAGUUACCAAUGCACCUAGAGCUAAUGCUGAACUAUGUAUAAAUCAAGUUGGCCUUGCUGAUUUCUUUGAUGCACUUAUUCUUGGAAGUGAUUGCAAGCAUGCAAAACCAUAUCCUGAUCCAUACUUGAAGGCCCUUGAAGUGUUGAAUGUAUCAAAAGAUCACACAUUUGUAUUUGAGGAUUCUGUCUCAGGAAUAAAAGCUGGGGUGGCUGCUGGAAUGUCUGUCAUUGGUUUGGCGAACCGGAAUCCAUCUCAGUUACUUAUGGAAGCAAAACCUGUUUUUCUUAUUAAAGAUUAUGAAGAUCCAAAGUUAUGGGCAGCUCUUGAGGAGAUUGACAAGAAGUUUGCCACCAGAAAGACUACAACAUGAGGCAUAUACAAUUAAGAGGUGAAAGUUCGACAAAGAACUUACUCACAUUCGAUGUUUACAAUUAAGUGUAUUUUAUUGCAUAGAUAGUGACAAUUUGUACAGCAAAACUGCAUGAUUUUUAAACGGAUGAUGUUGGUUACACCUAAUGUUAUGAUAUUUGCUUUAAAGUUUGAUUAA